AAAAAAAAAAAAAAAAUGCAUCGAAUGAUAAUGCCAAUUACGUUUUUUAGUUCUUUAAAUCGUGUGAGACAAAUUCUUAAAACUUAAAAGUAAGAAAAUAACUUUUUCCUCAUCACGUGGCACGCUUGGACCUUUUGCUAUCCUCACUGACUCUGGGCAACAUCUUUAUGAUCGCCAAUUUUUUCCAUCUGUGUUUUAUUAUGACAAGAUGUUUUGAAAAUGUCAUUACUAUGCCGGAUACCGCCUGAUAUGUGACUUAAAUGGUAUGCUAAUUGAUGGUUGUAUUAUUUUCCGCGUAAAAAAUACAAUUUGCUCGGGAAGAGAGUUAAGUUUGCGAUGAUAGCAAUAACACUGGUUCGUCGCAAAACUGUGCUGUGUUUAAUUUGUAUGUCAACCAUCGUUGGUUUUAUUUUGCAUUUUUACACAUCAGAUCACCUUGGUUGUGAAUUGAAAAAAAGAAUCCUGGACGAUGAUUUAAUACCGACACUGGGUAAAUGUAACUGCAAUGGUGACAAGGGGAAAGAUUUCAGGGACGCUUUAAACAACGACACGCCGCCUCCAUGCAAGCCCGUGAUUACGGACCUAAAUGACGACUUAUUGAAAGCGAAGACACGCGACUAUCUUACUGACGAUCAGGCGGUGGAUGCAUCACUACCCACAUGCGAGCCUGUAAACAACAUUUUAUUUCUCAAGACGCACAAGACAGGCUCAAGCACAGUGACUAAUAUUUUAAACCGUUAUGGUGAUAGCAGGGAUUUAAUGUUCGCCGUACCCUCUGUGAGAGUGACCUACAGCUUUUUCUGGCCACGCCUGUUUCAGCUUAGGUUUGCGCAGGCGUUUGGCAGAGCGCCAAACAUCCUCUGCAAUCACGCCAGGUACAACAAGGUUCCCAUGAACUGGCUCUUCCCAAAGGAAACGACACGUUACAUCACGCUUUUGAGGGAACCAACUCAACAUUUUGAGUCUGUUUUCAACUUUUUUCGUCUAGACAAACGUUUUCUGGGGUUGCGAAACGUUAAGUCACCGCUGCAGACGUUCCUUCAAAAUGCUACAUUUUAUCUAAAACAAGCCAAGAACAUUACUGGUUUGUUAAAUCUGAUAAAGAAUCCAGCGCUUUUUGAACUGGGUCUGGAUACAAAAUAUCACAGUAAUUUAACUGUUGUACAAAACUAUAUUCGGUUUCUACAACAAGAGUUUGACCUGGUUAUGCUUAUGGAAUACUUCGAUGAAUCGCUUGUUCUCUUAAAACGCCGUUUUUGCUGGAAAAUCGAGGACAUUUUGUAUUUUAAACUCAACGAAAGAAUGGAUAAACAUAAACAAAAUCUUCCGGGAAAAGUGAAAGAGGACAUUCGGAUUUGGAACUCGGGUGAUGUGUUAUUGUACGAUUUUUUUAACAAAACGCUGUGGGAAAUGAUAAAAGAAGAAGGUGAUGAUUUCUACAAGGAUCUGGCGCUCUUUCGAAAAGAAUUAGAAUCCAUUAAAGUAGUUUGUCUACGAGAAGGGAAGUUUCUGACCAAACCAUACGCUGGUAGGUUAGUGCAGGGUUAUGCAGUGAAAGCAAAUCUUCCCAAAGAACUGAACGAAACUUGCAAGAGGAUGAUCAUGAACGAGAUUCCAUAUUUGGAUCAUCAUCGCGGUAAGCUGGUAAAACUGUAUCAAACUAUCGACAGUUCCGUUAAUCGACCUGACCUGUUAUAAUGAAAUGCUUUUAAAAGAUCAGCAGAUUUAGCAGCUGUUUUUUUGUUGAUACUGUCGAACUCUCCUCUUUGGUUUUUGUCAUUGCUAUUUCACUGGAUGCGCUUAGAUGGACAAAAGGAAUGAAAUGCCAGUCGGGCUACUUUAUUAUCUACAAUUUUCAAACUCAUUAAUAAUUCAUCAAGUUAAAACAAAGAAAAUCACAACCGUGAAGGAAGUUUGGAUACCCGGUCUUAAUUAGCAUAGAUUUUGACGAUUUUACUUCUGCGUUUACUCCUCAGUAUUUGUUUCAAUUGAGGAGAUAUAUCAAAUAUUCGAGACAAUGUUUCAUCGGCUAUCCAAACACCUAGAAUUUCGUCAAAAAUGCUCCGGUGCGCGUCGCAUUUUGAACUCUCUUCUCGAUGUUUGGAUAUCUCGAUGAAACACGGUCUCUCGUGUUUGGUAUAUAACCGUUUCUGUUCUGUUCUAAAGCAGUGAACAUAAUGUUUGUGAAUUCCCGGUAUAGUUCAGCAGUCUAGCUUUCUCGGUCAGUCACAUUCUUCACCCCAGAGCUUUCGCUCUCUCGACAGGGUGCGCGGUCGGUCAUGCACCACUGAAAGAGAAGGGCUCUGGGGUCGAGAAUGAGUCUGUCAGGAAGGGCCAGAACAGGAGUACUAUUACAUGUCAAUACUGUUGACGGAUAAUGAGAAUAUCCCAGCGUUGUGUUAAUUGUAAAAGUAAAACAAAGUUAUUUAUACACAGUAAUUUUAAAACGUGCAGUCCAAUUUAAAAUAUUUCAAAUAAAAACGUUGUUAAGAAUCCGACAUAACAGGCUGCUCGGGUAACCAGCGGACUGUUCACACGGGAACUAGUCCACCGAGAAAAAAAAAAUCCAGCUUGGGACGGAAUAACGGACGGUCAGAUUGCAUGCAGGUCGGUCGCACUGCCUCUUAAGAGUUAGGUAACAAGUAGAAUAGAACAGUUUCUAUUCUACUUGUAACGUAAUCUCAAUAUUGUUGGGGAGGACCUACGAAACACACAAGUGUCUCGAAGGAAAAUGUCCCUUGGCUUGGCCGCGUUCUAUCUACUCACAUCACUAAGUUGCUCCGAUGGCUUUGUAGAUAUCACGCCCGACUGGUGUGCGGGGAGACGCGCGUUCGAAUCCUGCUCGGGACACGAAUUUUUCCUUUCUUUCAGAGACGGGUUUCGAAAGACGCCUUUAAGUUAUUUACAUCUUUCGAUCAUUGUUUCCAAGGCUUUCCUGGCUUAAGUAGUUUCUAUUCUACUAGUCCUGAUAUGAGAAACUAGAAACUUAAGGCUAGUAGAGAAUUAUCCGAUCAUUCACCCAAAAUAUUUAACAUAUCUUAUUGGCGGAGGUGCGGGUACUCUGCUGCCAUCUCUUCUCCAACGGCCAAUCAAUUUGAAACGUCAGACAAGUAAUUUAAAGAAAUCACUCGACCUUGUAUUCUGUGUCAACAUGACUCCUGGUAGACUGUGCUUUGGUUAUUUUAAUACAUCUAUAUUCUCAGAAAGAAAUAGUGCGACUCAAAUUUAAAGACGUGUUUAUUGGCAACCAUUAUGUAGAACGUUCAGAUUGAUUGAAGAUUCUUUACAGGGACACAGUCACGAUGUACUUGCUUAAAACUGUUAUAACUUGAAUUCACGGAAUGGUCCGGCCUAAAUUCAUGUAAUAAGGAUUUAAUUAGCGCUGACUAAAUGAUUAAAAGCAAUUUCUUGAAGAAAGUCCACAGUGUAGCAACAUUUUUGCAAAAUUUCAACGAU